UCAUCCAUGUGUGUGUGCGCAUUCGAGAAGACGUGACAGUAAUCGUAAUAAGUUGACAUUUACAUUUAUUUUCCAGUUAAAAGUGCGAAACCUAGUUGGAGGUUAAACACGGGUAAGGCGUACUGUCGAAGUUGUGUUACUAAUACGUGCUAAUCGUUUAUUUGCACAGCCAUGCUACGUUAGCUUGCUUUGGUAGGCCUGUAGUGUUUGAGAAACGCCGCUUUAGCGUUAGCUUCUCUUACGGCUCGUUCCAGAUUUUACUCUGUCGUUGUUUUGUCUUUACUGUCUGCGUAAGCUUGAAGGAUGUCGGACAGCGAAGACAGUGAUUUCUCUGACAUCCAGAGUGAGCGCAGCAGCGACGGAGAGGCCGAGGAAGUGGAUGAGAAUGAGGAGGAGGCGGCUAGCCCUGUCGGCAGUGAUAAAAUUGCAGAUGAGGAAGGGGAGGACCUGGAAGAGGAUUAUGAUGAAGAGGAAGAGGAGGAUGAUGAUGACCGUCCCAGAAAGAAACCGAGACAUGGCGGUUUCAUUCUGGAUGAGGCUGAUGUGGAUGAUGAGGAUGAGGAUGAGGAGGACCAGUGGGAGGAAGGAGCUGAGGACAUACUGGAGAAAGUAUCUAACAUAGAUCAUGUGGUGCUGGAUGAAGAUAACUCUGGAUCUAGAAGACUACAGAACCUUUGGAGAGACUCGAGAGAGGAAGCCCUCGGUGAAUAUUACAUGAGAAAAUAUGCAAAGUCCUCAGGAGGAGAGCAUUACUCUGGAGGAUCUGAAGAGCUCUCUGAUGACAUCACACAGCAGCAACUUCUUCCUGGUGUCAAGGAUCCUAAUUUGUGGACAGUGAAGUGUAAGAUUGGAGAGGAGAGGGCGACUGCCAUUGCAUUAAUGAGGAAAUUCAUUGCUUACCAGUUCACAGAUACACCUCUCCAGAUCAAGUCUGUGGUGGCCCCAGACCAUGUUAAAGGUUACAUCUAUGUGGAAUCAUACAAGCAGACGCAUGUCAAGGCAGCCAUUGAGGGCAUUGGUAACCUGAGGAUGGGCUUCUGGAAUCAACAGAUGGUUCCUAUUAAGGAAAUGACAGAUGUUCUCAAGGUUGUCAAAGAGGUCACCAAUCUCAAACCCAAAUCCUGGGUCAGACUGAAAAGAGGCUUGUACAAGGAUGACAUUGCUCAGGUAGACUACGUGGAGCCAAGCCAAAACACCAUCUCCUUGAAGAUGAUUCCCCGCAUAGACCUAGACCGUAUCAAGGCCAAGAUGAGCAUGAAAGAUUGGUUUGCAAAGAGGAAGAAGUUCAAGAGACCUGCUCAGAGGUUGUUUGAUGCUGAAAAAAUCAGGUCACUGGGAGGGGAGGUCAGCCAUGAUGGAGACUUCAUGAUCUUUGAAGGGAAUCGUUACAGCCGCAAAGGAUUUCUGUUUAAGAGCUUUGCCAUGUCUGCUGUGAUCAUAGAUGGAGUGAAGCCCAGUCUGUCAGAGCUGGAGAAGUUUGAAGACCAACCUGAAGGGCUCGACCUAGAGGUGGUUACAGAAUCAGGUAAAGAACGUGAACACAACCUUCAAGCUGGUGACAAUGUCGAAGUGUGUGAGGGAGAGUUGAUUAAUCUGCAGGGCAAAAUCCUCAGUGUUGACGGUAACAAGAUCACAAUCAUGCCCAAACAUGAAGAUCUAAAGGACCCUCUGGAGUUCCCUGCUCAUGAGUUGAAGAAGUAUUUUCGGAUGGGUGACCACGUUAAAGUGAUUGCCGGGCGGUACGAAGGUGACACUGGCCUCAUUGUCAGAGUGGAAGAAAACUUUGUCAUCCUCUUCUCAGACCUCACCAUGCAUGAGCUGAAGGUGUUACCCAGAGACCUCCAACUCUGCUCAGAGACGGCGUCUGGUGUUGAUGCAGGUGGACAGCAUGAGUGGGGAGAGCUGGUUCAGCUGGACCCACAGACAGUUGGAGUCAUUGUUCGACUGGAAAGGGAGACAUUCCAGGUGUUGAAUAUGCAUGGGAAGGUGUUGACAGUGCGUCACCAAGCAGUGAACCGAAGGAAGGACAACCGGUUUGCUGUAGCGCUGGACUCGGAGCAGAACAACAUUCACGUCAAGGACAUCGUGAAAGUCAUUGACGGUCCACACUCUGGCCGUGAAGGUGAGAUUCGUCACCUGUUUCGUGGAUUUGCCUUCCUCCACUGUAAGAAGCUGGUGGAAAAUGGAGGCAUGUUUGUGUGCAAGACGAGACAUCUCGUACUGGCUGGUGGAUCAAAGCCCAGAGAUGUGACCAACUUCACGGUCGGGGGAUUUGCUCCAAUGAGCCCUCGCAUCAGCAGUCCCAUGCACCAUGGUGGAGGAGGUGGACAGCAGAGAGGUGGAGGUGGAGGAGGAAUGGGACGGGGUCGCGGAAGGCGAGACAAUGAGCUGAUUGGUCAGACAGUUCGUAUCUCACAGGGCCCUUACAAAGGUUACAUUGGCGUGGUGAAGGAUGCCACAGAAUCUACAGCCAGAGUUGAGCUGCACUCCACGUGUCAGACCAUUUCUGUAGACAGACAGCGAUUAACUACCAUGGGAGCAAAGAGACACAGUGGGAUGACAUCCACCCAUGGUCGCACUCCUAUGUAUGGCUCGCAGACUCCCAUGUGUGGCACCGGCUCCAGAACACCCAUGCAAGGAUCUCAGACACCACUACAUGACGGAAGCCGUUCUCACUAUGGCUCUCAGACUCCACUGCAUGAUGGCAACAGAACACCAGGCCAGACUGGAGCCUGGGACCCCAAUAAUCCCAACACACCUUCUAGGAAUGAAGAGGAAUAUGACUUUGGUUAUGAUGAUGAGCCUUCACCAUCUCCUCAGGGUUAUGUAGGUACACCAAACCCACAGACCCCAGGUUACCCAGAAGUCCCCUCUCCACAGGUCAACCCUCAGUAUAACCCACAAACACCCGGCACACCGGCUAUGUAUAACACUGAGCAGUAUUCUCCAUAUGCUGCCCCGUCUCCUCAGGGCUCCUACCAGCCAAGUCCCAGUCCCCAGAGCUACCACCAGGUGGCGCCAUCACCUGUCGGAUACCAGAACACUCAUUCUCCAGCCAGCUACCACCCAACACCCUCUCCUAUGGCUUAUCAGGCUAGUCCAAGUCCUAGUCCAGUGGGUUACAGCCCCAUGACACCUGGUGCGCCUUCUCCUGGAGGCUACAAUCCUCACACACCAGGCUCAAAUAUUGAGCAAGGCAGUAGUGAGUGGGUGACAACAGACAUCCUUGUCCGAGUUAAGGAUUCCUUUAUGGACCUAAUGGGACAAACUGGUGUCAUUAGGAGCGUCACGGGUGGAAUGUGUUCAGUUUUCAUGCAGGAGUCGGAGAAGGUGGUCAGCAUCAGCAGUGACCAUCUGGAACCUGUCACUCCCACUAAGAAGAACAAGGUAAAAGUGAUUCUGGGAGAAGACCGUGAGGCAACGGGGAUUCUGCUCAGUAUUGAUGGUGAUGACGGCAUUGUUCGUAUGAAGCUAGAAGACCAGCUCAAGAUCCUCAAUCUGAGGUUCCUCGGAUGCCUGGAGCAAUGAGAGACAGACAGACCUGUACACUGAAUCAUAAACUCAGAGGUUUUCGCUGUAGAGACACUUCUUUUUAAAAGAAGAAAAAAUAAAAUAGAAACAGCAAAAAUUCAACAUUGUGUUUUAAGACUGAAACAUAGGCCGAGGUGUUGGGAUUUUUGCUGUUAUGACUUCUUGCACCAACACGAACAUUAUGCAUUAGGCGCCACAGACCUGAAUACUUCGGCAGUUUCAUAUCUUUGGGAUGAUUUAUCUGUUUGUAACAGAAGAAGCGUCCAGCGGCUGCUCGGCUAAAACAUUUGACGUGUUCUUGUCGGCUGGAAAUUUGGUAUUUGUCUGCAAUCAUGACUUCAAAUGGAAGUUUGAAGGGACAAUCACCCACUAUGUUGGUGUGUUGGAGGGCUUUAAAAAGAAGUAUACAUUUUCCUUGUCUGCUUCCAUUCAUAAAAUGGCCUCUUUCUCAUUCUGUACAGUAAUCUGUGUGCUUCACUUUUUCCCCCAUCACAGAAUUCAAUAGUCCACAAGCUCUCAUUUCUUCUUUUAUUUUAUUUUCUUGAUUAGUUUUUUCUUACCAGUAGUCUGAGUUUGUUCUUAGUGCUUUCUUGAUGUGCAUCAGUUUGAGAGCAAGAAAAUUCUGAGAAAUUUUAAGUCUUGUCAAUAAACUGUGAAGCAGUU